AUGUCUUCGAAGUCCAGUGGAAGUCUUGUCCAUGCACUCGGGCAGAACUGGUUGGGAAAGACUGAUAUUGCGGUACAAACAAUUCUGCUGGCAGUUGCUUUUGUGGUUGUUGGUCUACGACUAUGGACACGACGAAGGUUGCGAGUCUCGCUUCAAGGGAAUGACUGGUUCAUUCUAGCAGCUACGGUCAUCAUGUUGGGACGUUAUAUUGUUGAGCUUCUUCUCAUUUUACUCUGUGGAAUGGGAAUCCAUACGGAUGAAGUCGUCCGUCUUGGUGGGUCUGAGACCUUGGUACGCUUCAACAAGCUUACAUAUCUGGGGGAGCUCCUUUGGGUUACCGUGGUGGCCCUCAUCCAGCUCUCCAUACUGCAAUACUACUUCCGCCGAUUCCAGCAACCGAUUAUCAUGAGGCUGACCUGCGUUUUAAUCGGUCUAUGCUCAACCCUCUGGAUUGCAAGUUUGCUGGCAAAAGCCUUCCUUUGCACACCACCACACAAAGUCUGGCUGGCCAGCGUCGAAGGUAACUGCGGCGAUCGCAAGAUGCUACACACUGGCUGUGUCGUGAGUGAACUCAUUCUCAACAUCUUCAUCCUUCUUCUCCCUAUACCAAUUCUUCGACAUAUGCAAUUUUCACGGAAGGGGGGGAAUUUCUCUGGCCAGUACCUAUCUUCUGAGUCUAGUUAUCAUCGCCCUCUCGGCACUCCGUGUCGAUACCAGACUUUUCCUCAUUUCAAAGGACUCAACCUACGGUUCGGCCCCAGAAUCUCUCGUGUCGAGCAUCGUGACGCUUUUGGGUAUCAUUGUUGCCUGCCUACCGGUGCUGGCGCCGGCCAGCCAAAGGAUUACCGGGACCCCAGAAUGCACAUUGAUAUCCGAAACUGCAAGAUCAGACACUGCUUCAGGUACCAGAUAUUGGAAAGCAACUGUGUUGUCAGGCGGACAGAUGGAGGAACCGGAAAUCCCCCUGGUUACGGUCACUCAACCACCGGUGGGAAAAAGGCCCGGGUUCAACGAGUGGGCCUUGGGGCAGAUCAAAAUUACAUCGGAUUGGGAAAUUCAUUCGACGCGCAAUUCCGCGCGGCUGGAUAA